AACUCAACUGAAGCUUCCUCCAAAAGAACGACCAUGACACUCCAUCACGCACUGCACCGGUGUUGUGCAACUCGAUGGCAACCAAUCGAUACCGGUACCAGCUACCAGUAGUACUAUAACACAUCAACCAUACAAUCGACCAAUUCCCUUAUUAGCACCAGAAGAGAGCAUUGUCAUUCAAACAGCCGAAAUAUCUACCUACAAGUGCGAAACCAUGGUCAUCGCGUCAACGCUACUAUCGUCAGACCAAGCAGCUGCAUCUCCCAUGAUGAAUGGCACCACUCCACUCCGAGGACGCAAUACUGCCAAUGGAAAAAUGCGUCGACGAGCUUAUUCUUGGCGUGGUGAAUCUCCUCCGUACGAUCGACGCAAGCUCCAACAGACAAAUCUCAUGGAUGUCAAUCCGUCCGAAUUAUUGCCGCUGAUUAGCCAAGAAUCGCGUUGCGUGUCGGCAUGGGUAGUGACAGCCACAUCCAUCCAAGUGAUUGUUUCGAUUCUGAUUCGAGUGGCAUCGUAUGCCUAUCCCGUCACGUCGGCAUCGUCCCCACGAGCGUCGCACAAUUGGCUGUGGGAUGGCCUCGCUGUCGGACCCAGCGUCAUUGCCGGUGUCUUGCUGCGAUUGGUGCCACCUCAAGUUAUCACGCAAGAAGCUCCCGGUUUCAUCUAUGCAUCGGCAUGGAUAUUGUUGGCCAUCAAAGAUCGAAUGGGUGGUGUCGUUCCCCAUGUCCCAACUAGAAUAUGUGAAGCUGCAUUGGGGAGAUUGAGUGUCAUGGAAUGUCUGAUUCUAGUUGCUGUUCAAUUCGCUUGCACAGCCUCUACCGUCACUGUGAUUCGGUACUGUUUCCUGUCCAAGUUUGACGAUGGAUUGGCAUUGUACAUGCCCGAAUACACCAGUCGCGCUGUGGGAGAUGGGCAUCCCUGGAUUGUGGACUACUUUCACGAAAUGCUGGUAACAACUCUCUUCACUGUGGCACUGCAAGUGGUCCCCGUUUUGUUGAAGUUGAAUCGAGGUCCCGUGUGGUUGGCCUUGUUGUUUGUGUAUCCACUCUACACCUACGGUGUGGAUAGUGGCGGUCACGGCAGUACGCUGUCUCCCAGCAUUUUGUUGGCUCUAUCAUCAUCAUCUAGCUUUUAUCAAAUGGGUCGUUGUCUACCCCAAAUGUUGGGUGGUCUUUUGGCAGGUCGCAUCAUGUGUUCCUACUUUCCAGACGAUGACAAACGGGCGUAGCAAGACAGAAGGGUGGUCUGAUGGUACAUAAGAUUGCUACUAUUAGGGAGAAUGUAGUAGCAAGGACCAGGACAGGUGUACAGUAGAAAGAAAGCAGACUUUGCAUGUAACACAUAAUAAAUAAAGCAGGCAUCUAUGUACAGAUAAUUGUUGGGCUUGGUGCUUUUGAUUGUUCUAAACAUGCAUUCUUUUGGUCCUUCCAUUGGGGUAUCUGUCACAAAACCAUAGUCUUCCUUUUUCUUUUCUUUCAGCGGCCAACACCAUCUAGAAGCUGGACAAACAUACAUAUAUUUUGAUCCUGGUAAUGAUGUGUAUUGUCACAAUGAAAGCUCUUCUUUCUCGUGUUGUUGUUUGUUUUUAUCAUGUCCUGGAAGCCUCAAUACAAGAACGCCAAAUUUGAUCUCGCACUGCCGGUUGUGCGGCAAAUUCCAUCAAGGUAGCACGAAAUGCUUCGGGCGAAUCGAAUUGUUGCGCCGUGGCUCCGGCCGCUCUCAAGACUCCCCCCACAUCGGUCAUGAGUUUGGCUUGCUGUUCUUGUUCCAGCGCCAUGAUUUGUUGGAGUGCGCCAUCGUAAUUGUCGGCCGUCAAGAAUCCAUAAAUGGAUCCUCCAAUACCCCCCACGAGACCACCGGCGGGUCCUAGGACAAAUCCACCGGCAAUGGCUCCACCGGCCGCACAGAGUCCUUGCUUGACGGAUCCUGUGGCGGCCUUGCGCAUAUCCCGAGAGUCGGUCAAGAAUUGCAUCAAUUCGCGAUAUUGGAAUUCCGUGGCGGCAGGGUCCGGAAUGGCUUCGGCAGCGGGAUAGUCGUCCAUGGUGGAUAAGAUAGGAGUAGUAGAUUAGAAGUGUAGUGGUUGAUGAGGGUUGUGUUGUAUCGGAUCUUCUGAUGAAGCUUCACUUUUGUGAGAGAUGGUCGAAAGCGUCAAAGCGUCGACGACGAGGAAAGAACAAAAGCUUCCGGGUUGCGUUUGCCACUCAACAAUCAAUCCCGAGUUUAAAACGGGACUCUUCCUUCGAGGAGACCCACGUUUGACCUCCUCAUCCAGCCGACCACGAUCGAGACAACUUUGCCUCUUUGUCCAUGACAACCUCUGUUGUUGGAUAAGCAAUCAUCAUCAUCAUCAUCAUCAACUACUGUCCCAUCAUCUACCGUCAUGACUUCCGAACGCAAAUGGCUCGAGACGAAACUGGGCGACUUUUUGGGGUUUCAAGAUGACAGUUUGGCCGAAGUCCUGGAUCAUUUGUUGUCGAUUGA